ACCAGUCUAAAGCCAUGAGAGAGCGUUGGCUCCUACAAGGCACGUCCCCUGGAACUAACGACGAAGACGAUGGCCGAAGAAGACAGCUGGAGAAGGACGAAGAGCAGGGGAAGAGACUGGAGGACACUAUUCACAGGUUGGAGUCAGAGAUUGGUCUGUUGGAGAGCGAGGAGUGUCAGAUCUCAGCUAAAGAACAGAUGCUCAGAGAGAGACUGAAGAAGACUGAGAGGUCCAUAGAAGACCUACAGAAAGUAAGAGAACAUUCAUCUACACAGAGAUAGAGAGAGAACAUUCAUCUACACAG